UCUGCCAUUCGCCUCUGUUUUCAUUCUAUAUAAACCAUAAACACAGUUCGUCCUCCUCUCCUAUCAGAUACUACUUUGUUCUAUCCCUUAAUUUAACUUCAACCUCUCGUUAAUCCUUAUCUAUCUCUUCUCAUUUCCCCAAACCAACUUUUCUUGCUCGAGUUGAGCCUUUGCGGUGCUGUUUAUUGAGAUGGGGAGAGCACCUUGUUGCGAUAAAGAAGGUUUGAAGAAAGGUCCAUGGACGCCGGAAGAGGACCAGAAGCUCGUCGACUACAUACAGAAGCACGGACAAGGAAACUGGAGAUCUCUUCCUAAGAAAGCUGAGCUCGCGAGGUGUGGCAAGAGUUGCCGGCUCCGGUGGACGAACUACCUCCGGCCGGACAUCAAGCGAGGAAGGUUCUCCUUUGAAGAGGAAGAGACCAUCAUUAAGCUACACAGCAUGUUAGGCAACAAGUGGUCUGCGAUUGCGGCGCGUUUACCGGGAAGAACAGACAACGAGAUCAAGAACUACUGGAACACGCAUAUCCGGAAGAGGCUGCUGAGGAUGGGAAUCGAUCCGGUGACUCACGCUCCUCGGCUCGAUCUCCUCGACCUCUCCUCGCUCUUUUCUUCCUCUUUCUGCAACCCGUCGUUGCCGUCGUUGCCUUCCUCGCAGCUCGACUUGUCGAGGCUAUUGGCUGGCCUCGACGGCGAUCUCCUCUUGAUGGCCACCAACCUCCUCUCGUCUCAGUAUCCGAAUCCCAACCUCGCGCUCAGUGGUCAAGGCCUGCCGCACCAGGAUCAGCAACAACUGCUUCAAUUUCCAGCUCAACAGACCUUGGACGACACUCAAUGGAUGCAGAGCGCUAAUGCGAGCCAGUUACAGUCCGAUCAUGUGGUCGCGCUGCCGCAGACUUACAUUGGAAAUAAUUUGAUGCAUGCGCCAUCGGCGUUGACGCAAUGGGUCAACGGCGGCGAAGGCGCCUCCUGCGUGGACGGUGGCGGCGGGAACUACAACUUGAUGUCGGUUUGGUCGACGCCGGCGUCGUCGAGCCUGACGCCGCUGAACUCGCCGUCGACGACGACGCACGUGAACAGCAGCACGGAAGACGAGAUGGAGAGCUACUGCAGCAGCCUCUUCCAGUUCCCUACCCCUGCUGACAUCAGCAACCAUGUCAUGUAAACCAGAUUAUGUCGAUUAUUUUUCUUUUUUCUUUUUUCUUUUUUCUUUUUUCUUUACUCGCUGAGAAAUGAAUGACUAGUGCACUACAGUGUCUGUUAUCUCAGCCGUAUUCAUAUGAUGUCUCAUGUGUUGAUAUAUAUGAACAAUCAUCUUUUG